AUUAUUUUAGUCUCGAAUAUAGACCAUUUCAUCAGAAUUGUAUUAAUUCUUACGAACUUGUUUUAAUUCUACGUUAAAUUGCACAAUAAUCUUGACGUUAUAGGUGGUAAAUCCGGAAUUUAUAAACUCAUUUAACCUAUUAAAAACACUUCCGGCAAAACAAAAUCUUAAUUACGUGUGGUUACAACAGAGCACUUUCGAGAAAAAUUAUAAUUUAAUAACAAUUUAGCUUCAAUUACCUGCAUCCUAAUUUUAUAUAUAUAUAAAUCGACGAAAAGCAGGAAAAUAAAAAUAAAAUGCAGAAAGUUAAGGUCAAGGAUUGGUUGUUCGAACUGGUUCACAUUUCCUUUUACAAGUUGAAAUUUCGAAGAACUUAUUUACAUGAAAAAAAUGACGUCAAUUAUCUGCUAAUCAAAAAGUUUAUAGGAACCCGAAGAUAAGGAAUUUCACAAAGAAUGACCCUCGGGGUCAAAACAAAUGCUUUCAUUUUGCAGUUGGAAAACGAUGGGCGAAGUUAGAAGAAGUAAAGCUAUUUUCCUAUCUAUUGCGCUCUUUAUUUUAUUUGUGUCAACAACUUUCCUCCUAUUACUAACGACGCAUAAGUCGAAUGUUGACAGGAAACAAGAUAAGGUAAAUCAAUCACCUACAAUUCCUAUCAAUAGGAAAGAGAGAUUCAAAAGACAAACAGAUCAAGAAUGUUCCGAAAACAUUACAGUAAGUGGCACCGGAGGAAAACUCUUAAGUCCAGGUUAUCCAAAGCAUUAUCCAGAAAAUUUGGAUUGCCAAUGGCAACUAAUUUCCGCGGAUCACAAAAUUGUUUUAAAACUGAUUGAAGUUGCUAUCGAAGAAACAGAAAACUGCGAAUAUGAUUACAUAGAUAUUUUUGACGAUAAGCAAAAUCUAUUAGAACGAAUCUGUGGUAAUCACAAAGUUAAAAUAAUUAAUACAAACACAACAAAAGUUACUAUUUUUUUCCAUACUGAUGCCAGUUAUACAGAUAAUGGGUUCUUAUUGGAAUAUUUUCCAGAGAUUUCAUCAAAUUGUCGAACAAUAUUAAAAGAAAACAAAGGAGUUUUAACUAGUCCACUUUAUCCAGACAAUUACCCUGAUAAAACAGAUUGUUGGACUCAAAUUGUGGUAAAACCCGAAUUUUCGGUGCAUUUAGAGUUUGAUGUUCUUGAAUUGGAAUACGAUACAAAUUGUAGUUAUGAUUUUGUUGCUGUAUAUGACGGAAUGACUGCAGAUGAUCCUCUUAUUGGUCACUUUUGUUCAAAUCCAGAAAAUAAUACAGUAAUAUCAACAAAUAAUACAAUGUUGAUACAUUUUCAUUCUGACCAUCUAUUGAAUUAUCAUGGAUUCAGUGCUAAAUAUAAAUCUAUUUUAAAAGAUAAUGAUGAAAUAGGAGCUCUUGAUAAAGCAUCUUUGGGUAUAUUAUUCUAUGAACAAAAAGCUAGAACUUAUAUUUUUAAUGUUGUUACAUUAAUUUUCAAAGAUCAAGAAUGUUCCGAAAACAUUACAGUAAGUGGCACCGGAGGAAAACUCUUAAGUCCAGGUUAUCCAAAGCAUUAUCCAGAAAAUUUGGAUUGCCAAUGGCAACUAAUUUCCGCGGAUCACAAAAUUGUUUUAAAACUGAUUGAAGUUGCUAUCGAAGAAACAGAAAACUGCGAAUAUGAUUACAUAGAUAUUUUUGACGAUAAGCAAAAUCUAUUAGAACGAAUCUGUGGUAAUCACAAAGUUAAAAUAAUUAAUACAAACACAACAAAAGUUACUAUUUUUUUCCAUACUGAUGCCAGUUAUACAGAUAAUGGGUUCUUAUUGGAAUAUUUUCCAGAGAUUUCAUCAAAUUGUCGAACAAUAUUAAAAGAAAACAAAGGAGUUUUAACUAGUCCACUUUAUCCAGACAAUUACCCUGAUAAAACAGAUUGUUGGACUCAAAUUGUGGUAAAACCCGAAUUUUCGGUGCAUUUAGAGUUUGAUGUUCUUGAAUUGGAAUACGAUACAAAUUGUAGUUAUGAUUUUGUUGCUGUAUAUGACGGAAUGACUGCAGAUGAUCCUCUUAUUGGUCACUUUUGUUCAAAUCCAGAAAAUAAUACAGUAAUAUCAACAAAUAAUACAAUGUUGAUACAUUUUCAUUCUGACCAUCUAUUGAAUUAUCAUGGAUUCAGUGCUAAAUAUAAAUCUAUUUUAAAAGAUAAUGAUGAAAUAGGAGGUUGUAAAUGGAAGAAGUCAAAAACGAAUGGUACAAUUUCAAGUCCUUAUUAUCCACAUAAUUAUCCAAGAAAUGCAAAAUGCAAAAUCAAAAUUGCGGCACCUGAAAAUUUUGUAGUAACAAUAAUAAUUGAUGAUCUUACAAUGGAAAUAGAUGAAAACUGUUCUUAUGAUAAAUUAGAAAUAAAAGAUGGAUUAACUCAAAAUUCAUCAUCCUUAGGAUUAUUUUGCGGAAGAUUAAAUGAAAGUAAUAACUUAACUUCUACUGAAAAUAAUGUUUUGAUUGAGUUCACAACAGACAAUUUUGCAGAAUUUUCAGGAUUUGAACUACAGUAUUGGAUUCACAGAAAAGGAGAAGAUUUUAAAAUGACUGAUGAAGAUUUAGAUUUAGAAGAUCAUAUUCCAACAAAACCACCAAAACUGAAAAAUAAUUUACAAGAUAAACCUUCUCCGGAAGUAUUUUCUGAAAUUCCACAAAACACAACAAUAAUAAUAGGACAAUCUGGUACCUUAUUCUGCAAGCCAAAGGAUCAGACGGCAAAAAUACGGUGGAUGAAAGAUGGUCAAUUCUUAGGAGGACGUACACCAAUACCAAGCGUUAGUAUAGUAAACAAUGGAACAAUACUCUGGAUUCAUUCAAUGUCUACAAAUUUAAAAGGCCUUUAUACAUGUGCAGCUGUUACUCCUGAUGGUGUGAUGUAUUAUGUAAAUACAUCAGUCGAAAUGAGAUUGCAAACCGAUGACUGCAGCAUAAAUUUUAAACAUAAACCUAAAAAUAUAACAAUACGAGAAGGUGAUUUUGAUUUUGUUCAAUGUUCUGCAUCAAGACCAACAAUGAAGGUUAUUUGGAAAAGAAAUGGAGAAUUAAUUAUUCACUCUGAACAUUAUCAGCCAGUAAAAAAUGGAUUUCUUUUAAUAAAUAAUGCAACUUCAAAACUAAGUGGUGUAUAUACAUGUAUUAUUGAAGAUAAAAAUACUGGAUGUCAAAAUCAAGCAUCAGCUUAUGUUUAUAUUUCAAGAAAAAUUAAUAUUGAUAACGUUUGUGGAAGACCUAAAAUUGGACAACCAGAUAAAAAGAAACCUCAGAUUGAUCUUGAUAAAGUUGUAGGUGGUCAUGAAGCAAAAAAAGGUGCUCAUCCCUGGCAGGUAAUUUUAUGGGAUCCAGUUCGUAAGACAUUUUGUGGUGGAAGUCUACUGAAUGAAAGAUGGGUAGUAACAGCUGCUCACUGUUUUUAUAUGAAACGUAUAAAACAGCCAAUUGAUAAAGACAGAAUUGUCAUAAAGUUGGGUAAACAUGAUCAGUAUAAUUCAGAAGAAGAAGAAUUUAUAACUGGAAUUCAGAGUUAUGUCAUUCAUCCAGGAUAUAAUAGAGGAAAUCAUGAUAAUGAUAUUGCUCUUAUUCAACUGAUACAUACUAUUCAGUUUACUGAUUAUAUAAGUCCCAUAUGCUUAGGAGAUCAACAAUUUGUAAAUGAUGUGUUUUUUGAAAAAUCUUUAUACAUGGGCACUGUAACAGGAUGGGGCCAAUUAAAAGAAGGUGGAGCUCAGCCAAGAUUUCUACAAGAACUUCGAAUGCCAAUUGUAAAUUGGGAUGUUUGUCGUCAAUCCACAAACUAUCGUACAACCAGGAAUAUGUUUUGUGCUGGAUAUGCUGAAGAAAUAAUUGGAGAUGCUUGUAAAGGAGACAGUGGUGGACCAUUUAUUACAGAACAUCAAGGAAUGUGGUACUUAAUUGGUAUAGUCAGUUGGGGUGAAGGAUGUGGACGAAAGGGAAAAUAUGGUUUUUACACAAAAGUGGACAAUUAUCAUCCAUGGAUUAAAGGAAUUAUUAAUUUAUAAUAUGCAUUUCCUAAUUAAUUCUGUAUUCAUUACACUGUAAAAACAAAAUUUGAAAUAAUUGAAGUACACUAAAGUAUUAAUAGAAUAGCAAGUUUUGUUUCUUCAAGAAAAUUAAAGUUUCAUACAUACUGUA